CGUUCUCGGCGGCUCGCCCGCUGCCACCUCUCUCGGCCGGGUUCAGCCAUGGCGCCCAAAGGCGGCUCCAAGCAGCAGUCGGAGGAGGACCUGCUCCUGCAAGAUUUCAGCCGCAACCUCUCGGCCAAGUCGUCCGCGCUUUUCUUCGGGAACGCGUUCAUCGUGUCCGCCAUCCCCAUCUGGUUGUAUUGGAGAAUAUGGCAUAUGGAUCUUAUUCAGUCCGCCGUUCUGUAUAGUGUGAUGACCCUAGUAAGCACUUACUUGGUAGCCUUUGCGUACAAGAAUGUAAAAUUUGUUCUCAAACACAAAGUGGCGCAGAAGAGGGAGGACGCCGUUUCCAAAGAAGUGACUCGGAAACUCUCUGAAGCCGAUAACAGGAAGAUGUCCCGGAAGGAGAAGGAUGAGAGAAUCCUGUGGAAGAAGAAUGAAGUCGCUGACUACGAAGCCACCACCUUUUCCAUCUUCUAUAACAACACGCUCUUCCUGGUCUUGGUCAUCGUGGCGUCCUUCUUUAUCCUGAAGAACUUCAACCCCACGGUGAACUACAUUUUGUCCAUAAGUGCUUCGUCAGGACUCAUCGCCCUCCUGUCUACUGGUUCCAAGUAGACAUGUCAGCUUAGCCCCCUGGCUUUGUGUCGAUGGGUGGCCUGUGGCAUGUGGAAAAGCAGCAGGGUGGUCAGGGUGGGAGACACACAAGACGUUUUUAUAGUCUGGAAUUUGAGGGUUUAAAAAAUGCAACAGAAUGUAAUUGAGUGUUUGUUUAUUGGCUCUUUUUGACAGAUUGUUCAAAUUAAAUGGAUUGAAAGGGAAACUCAGCGUACCAGGACAUUUAUUAAAAGGCGAGAAGUCUUGCAAUGUGCUAUAAUCUCGAGGAGAAAAUAACUUGUUUCCUUGAUCCGUCAGAGGUCACAGUAACCUGGGCCGAGCUGUUAUUAUUUAUAAUGGUAGCAAGAAGUUAAUAACUGGUUCUCUGUGUUCCAAGCACAACAUUACAACUUUUUUUGAACCAUAAAUAUCAAAUGAAUCCUCAGGGGAUUAAACAGAAGCCUCAUGUUUACGAGUCUCUGGAUUUGUGAUUUGUAAUAACUCGAAGUUUAAAACAAGAUUUGCCCAGCUUGGGGAAGAGAAGCUUGCGGAAAAGUUCUUUUUUUCCUUCCUUCUGUAGGAAGGGCAGCCAAGGUGGCCACCUAAGAAUAGUGUGGAGGUCCGUGAGAGCCAGGAGUCAGCUUGACGCUGCCAUGUUGGUGACUGCGGAAGCCACUGGGUCCUGGUUCUGCUGGACCAGGGUCUCAUGCCACUGGGUGAAGGCGGAGCCAGGGAGGGCCUGUGCUGCACAGCAGCACGUGGAGGACCAGAGUCCUGCUCGGGGACUUGGUUCUGGAAUGCUGAGAACCCUCCCGGGAGCUUGCAGCGGUCCAGCGCCUGUCAGCAGUUCUCCAUGAGGGCUGCAUGGGUGACCGGCUAGUCUACGGCUUCCUGUCGCUUGUGACCAAAUGGUGAUCUCUGUAGGCUGCGGGCUUAGCUGAGAGCAGUCUCUGAUUUUUGCCAGAGUGUGUACAAAUAUUAUCAUUUUCUGUUUGUACUAUGACCUGAAAAAGUUUGGGAAUCUCUUUAUCACUCAUGAUAUUGCUUUCAUAUUCCUAUUAGCUUUUGACUAUAUCUGUCAUUUCCUACAAGGAAUGCUUCAAAGGAAAUAUAUUCCUAAUCUUGUUUCCACUUCUAAAAUUAAGAUGAACACUGUGAGCUGGUUGUGAUGGCACACUCCCAGCUACUCAGGAGGCCAAGGCAGGAGGAUUGGAGGCCAGCCUAGGCAACCAGUGAGACCCUGUGUCAGAAGUUAAAAGGGCUAGGGGUAGCUCAGCAGUGGAGCCCUUGUCGCACGCGUGAGGCCCGGCUGAGGCCCGGCUCAGUCCCGGCACCGUUUGCUUGAUGCUGUGGGGUGUGUGGCUGAGCUGCGUCGGGAGGCUGGAGGGGAGGCGGGGCGGCUGACUCUGCCCUGCUGCUCCUCAUCCUCGGCCGGGGAGGAUGCUGCUGGACGCUGUCAGUUCUCCACUCUGCUGCCUUAGUGUCUGAGUGCCGUUACUGGACGGCGUGGAGAGAAUGGGCACUGGGAGCAUCAGCAGAGUUAGGCAACACGUAAGAGGUUCCUUUUUAUUCUUUCAUUUUUCUCUGCUGUCGAUUAGAAAGCAGUCACAGUUUUGGUGCGUGGAGCUGAGUACCACUGCACCUGCUUGCUUGCUUGGUGAAAGGAGUAUUGGACGAACCAGGGCUGCCAGCCACUCUUAGAUGGGGGGAAACUUGCCUUAGAGGGCAGUGUCUGUGUUGUGGGGACAGUUCCCACCGUUCCUGCUGUGUAGCUGAGAGGACUUGGGAUACAGGGACUCCACCCGGUAUGCUUAAGACUUGGGUUAAUGACCAAAAAUGCGUGGGAUAGCGAGCAGGCGACACUUCUGUCUUGGAUGUCCCUGCAACAGCUUUGUGCAUCUAGGUUUGAUCACGAUCUCUACUUCCCAUGCGGCCCGAUACAUUUCUGUGACAUCUUCACACUUGAGCUGUUUCCAUCAAGGAUUUACCGUCCCAGCACUUUGGGGAAAUGCAGAGCCUUUCAUUGUCAAAAAGAGCUGUGCGGCGCUUGGAAUGGUGAUGUGCUGAAUUAGAUUUAAAUAGUAAAACCUGCCACAGAAUUUUCAUCUUAAAAAGACCCUGUACCAACAGCAGGAGAGUAAAAGGGUUUCUUGCUGUAAUUGGGAUUCAGAGUAAUUACAUUCUGUUUUUCACACUUGUGUUAGGUAGAAACUUAAGAGUGUUAAACAUUUUUAUUUCCCUAUAUUUAGUUUCAUCAUUUACAGCUUAAUAAAAACUGUGAAUUGCAA